UUUUUGCACAAAUUUUAGAUAGCAGUGUCACCAGAUCCUUCCUCCACAGGUAUAGACGGGGCAGGGCGAGACUAAUUUUAAAGGUGGGGUUGGUAAACAUUGCAUGAAUACUCUGAAGGGGCGGUUCUUCACUUGUUUUGUUCUGUAGCUGGAUCAUCUCAACAUAAAUGAAUGCUCCAUUAAUAAUGAAACCCUGAAGGAUGCAAUGAUAGUAAGUUGCAACAAGAAACAGUGUGUAAAAAAUUCAGGAAAUAUCAACAUCACAAAAAAUGAAAUCAAUUCUACAAAUAGUUUGCCAGCCAAAAGUAAAUACAAUCACACCCUGUGUUUCAACUACCUUGGAAGACAAAUCAUAAGCCAACCAUUAGAGACAAGUACAUAUGAUAUUCAAGACAUAGAACACCUCUCACAGAAUGAUACAUCAUUGUGUCUUAGGUUUCACUUGAUUAGUCAUUACCAGAUUCAAAGCAUUCACAUGCACGUCAAGAGAGGAUCAGAACUAUUACCAUUUAAUGUGACGGUACCUAACAAUAACAACAUCUUUGAAUGGUGUGCUCGUACAAUCCCACCUACUUCAUCAAAUAAUAAUGGGAACUGGUCAUUGUUUGCUUGUGAUGGACCAGGGCAUAUUUGUACCAAUCCAGCAGUUGUACUUGAAAAUAUCAUGUUAAGCAUUAACAUAGACACAACACAUAAUACUAUUGCCACUACAUACACCACACACACUACUACAACAUUUUUGUCUCAGGCUUUACCUUCUACUUCUAUCGUAUCCUCUUUAAGCCCUUCACCUAGUUCUACAGUAUUAGCUACACUUCCUUCUACAGUAAACUUGAAAAUGCCAUUGGCAGUGGUAGCUGCAGUCAUCAUUGUCACAGUUGUUGCUGUUGUUGUACUACUUACAGUCACAAUAAUUAGAGUUAAAAAAAUGAAAAAAAGACCCAGUAAAGCUUGAAAUUUUAAAAUAAUACUUCAUACUCAUUUUGCAUGCAUUUCAUUUUACUUUAUACUCUCAUCUUGAUUUAUCCAUGUCAUCUGAUUCAUAUUAAACAAA